ACCCAAUCCUGGAGCUGGACUGAGGGAGGGGGCGGGAAUAAGUGGCCCAGGUGGACUUGGGACCGGCGCUGUUCUGGGGGAGCUGGUUUGCGGAUGCUGCUUAUACUGCUGCAUAGUGCUGGGUCGUCAGGCAAAGCGCCCUCUCUUCGAGGGGAGUCAUGAGCCGCUUCCUGAAUGUGUUGCGGAGCUGGCUGGUUAUGGUGUCCAUCAUAGCCAUGGGGAACACACUACAGAGCUUCCGAGACCACACUUUCCUCUACGAAAAGCUCUACACUGGCAAGCCAAACCUUGUGAAUGGCCUCCAAGCCCGGACCUUUGGGAUCUGGACGUUGCUCUCCUCGGUGAUUCGCUGCCUCUGCGCCAUUGACAUCCACAACAAAACACUCUAUCACAUCACACUGUGGACCUUCCUCCUCGCCCUGGGACACUUCCUCUCAGAGCUGUUUGUGUUUGGAACAGCGGCUCCCACAGUUGGUGUGCUGGCACCCCUGAUGGUGGCAAGUUUCUCCAUCCUGGGUAUGCUAGUUGGGCUCCGGUACCUAGAGGCAGAACCAGUAUCCAGACAGAAGAAAAGAAAUUGAGGCCAACCCUGCCGGCUCUGAAACAUCGUCUUCCACCUUCACUGUCUUCUUCAUUCACCCUCUGUCCUUAAACCGUUUCUUUUGGCUGCAUCCUUAGCGCCUUCAUCUAGUCUCAGCAUCGUAAGCUUCUGAGAGGAUUUUUUUUGGUUUUUUGAUUUUGGGUUUUUUUUUGUUUUGUUUCUUUUAUGUUUUUAAAAUUUUUAAGGUAUUCAUAAGAAAAAAUACUUAACAUGUAUGUAUAAUUUAGAAUCAUUUAAGAAAAUACUGUUAGUCCUUCAACGUCAAGGAAUUCUGAGAAGCCCCCUAAUGUGUCCUCCCCUCGCUGUAACCCCUCCAGGCUCUCUUUUCCAAUCUUUUGCUUUUCUCCGUUUCUCUGCAUUCCUUGAUCUGAUUUGUGUGGUGGGAGCAGAACUGUGACUCGGCAGCUGCUGCCUGCCCAGAGCAGCUGCGGACAAGGGCUGUUUCCAGGGGCAGAGCACAUAUACAGGGCCCCUCUCCACUGCUGGACCAAGCCAAGACUCGGAACCAGCCAAGGCACAGGCAGUUCUUCUGAGAAGGGCUGCCCUUGUAGCAGGGCCAGGCUCCUCUUAUCUACAAGUGGAUGAAGGUUGGAAGAGUCUGGGCUGUUUUUAGACCUUUUGGUCAGUUGUAUUUGUGUAAUGCAUUUUAUAAUAAAUAGAGAAACCUUCUAUUCUGA